AGCGCGUGACUGCGCGCGAGCGGCUUGCGUGGGCGUUCCUGCCUCCGCCAUCAUGCCGGGGUGGUGCAGAAACUCCGCGCCGAGGAAGCCGAGGAAAGCCCGAAGCGAGCGGAAGAAGUAGCCAGGACACCCCGGUACCUUUCAGCAUCCGUCUCUCCGUCCGUCCGCGUGCGCGCGCGCGCGCGUGUGUGUGUGUGUGUGCGCGUCCAGUCCUGCGUGAUCUCUGCGACAGUGCCGAGCUCGUGCACCUCCCUACCCUCCUUCCUCCUCCUCCUCCUCCUCCUCCGGUGAACGGAGCGGAGCCGCACCGAGUGAUGCUGCUGCUGCUGCGGCCCGCGCUGCCCUCCUAAAGCACCACAGCCCCAUGAACAUGUCCAGCGCAGUCAUGGGUCUAAACCCCACCGACAGGGUCAUCAAAUCGGUCCCCUUCCCGCUGAGCCACAGGUUGAGUAUGCGGGAGGUGUUUGACUGUGAAGGAAAGCCACGUGUAGACCUGCUGAAGGCUCACCUCACUAAAGAAGGCCGUGUGGAGGAACCUGUCGCCCUGCGCAUCAUCAAUGAGGGAGCCUCCAUCCUGCGACAGGAGAAGACAAUGCUGGACAUCGAGGCUCCCGUUACAGUGUGUGGAGAUAUUCACGGGCAGUUCUUUGACCUGAUGAAGCUGUUUGAGGUGGGAGGGUCUCCAGCUACAACGCGGUACCUCUUUCUAGGGGACUACGUGGACCGAGGUUACUUCAGUAUCGAGUGUGUAUUGUAUCUCUGGUCACUGAAAAUCCUCUACCCAAAGACGUUAUUUCUGCUGCGGGGAAACCAUGAAUGUAGACAUUUGACUGAAUAUUUCACAUUCAAACAAGAAUGUAAAAUUAAAUACUCGGAGCAGGUGUAUGACGCGUGUAUGGAUGCGUUCGACUGUCUGCCACUGGCCGCUCUGAUGAAUCAGCAGUUUCUGUGCGUGCAUGGUGGCCUCUCACCAGAGAUACACACGUUAGAUGACAUCAAGAAGCUGGACCGGUUUAAAGAGCCUCCAGCCUUUGGGCCCAUGUGUGAUCUUCUGUGGUCGGAUCCACUAGAGGACUUUGGCAACGAGAAGUCGCAGGAGUAUUUCAGUCACAACACUGUCCGCGGCUGCUCCUACUUCUACAGCUAUCCUGCGGUGUGUGAGUUUCUACAGACUAAUAACUUGCUCUCGGUGAUCAGAGCCCACGAGGCGCAGGACGCAGGUUAUCGGAUGUACAGAAAAAGCCAGACGACGGGCUUCCCCUCUCUCAUCACGAUCUUCUCCGCUCCCAAUUACCUGGACGUGUAUAAUAAUAAAGCUGCUGUGCUAAAAUACGAGAACAAUGUGAUGAACAUACGUCAGUUUAACUGCUCGCCACACCCUUACUGGCUGCCUAACUUCAUGGACGUGUUCACCUGGUCCCUGCCUUUCGUAGGAGAGAAAGUGACUGAGAUGUUGGUGAACGUCCUUAGCAUCUGUUCAGAUGAUGAACUCAUGAACGAUGGUGAUGAGAUCUAUGACGCGAAUGCUGCAGCCGCGCGUAAGGAGGUCAUCAGGAACAAAAUCCGUGCCAUUGGCAAAAUGGCUAAAAUGUUCUCAGUCUUACGUGAAGAGAGUGAGAAUGUGUUGACUCUGAAGGGUCUGACCCCGACCGGCAUGCUGCCCAGCGGCGUUCUUUCUGGAGGAAAACAGACUUUACAGAGCGCUACCAUCGAGGCCAUUGAAGCUAUCGAGGCGGUUGAGGACGGAGAAGCUAUCCGUGGUUUCUCCCCGCAGCAUAAGAUCAGCAGUUUUGAGGAGGCGAAGGGUCUGGACCGGAUAAACGAGCGCAUGCCGCCGCGCCGCGACGUGCUCAACAGCGUGGGUCUGUCUAUGGGCCGCAUGAACAUGGCCGAGUCCAACGGCACCGACGACAACAGCAACCUUCAGUGACUCCUCAUCUUCAUCCUCCUCCUCCUCUUCAUCCCAGUCUGUGCUCUCGCUCUCCCAUAUUCUUUCCCCUCUUUCCGUUCAUCUGCGUUGCUGCUCUUUCUCUCUCCCUCUUCACAGUGGACGACCGGCUGUGAUUUGAGACGUGGCUUGAGUGAACUACGGUUAAGCCAAGUUUUUUUAUUUGCCUUUCAAAGGGAGGAAGUAAACAGCAUGUGAUGCCAGGAGGAAGUGCUGGAGGAAGUGCUGGAGGAAGUCCUGCUUUGAAGCUCGAUCUGGUUGUGUUUUAUUGAAGUGGAGGAGAGAGAUGAGUGUGAAGUGGAGGAGAGAGACGAGUGUGUGUGGGUUGUAUAAUGACAUAUUAACUGCAAACUGAUAAUAGGAUGUUGGAGCUCUGUUUUCUUGGAUAAGUUUGUGUCUGCUUUCUAUGUGUGUGUGUGUGUGUGUGUGUGUGUGUGUGUGUGGGUGUUUGCUUGACUUGGGUAAGGAAGUAGGCUUUAUCACAGAAGACUAUUCCUCUUUUCCUGCCUGCUGGAAAAUGAAUAUAACGGCAUCUGCGAUAUUCAUUCACUGUCAGAGGAGUGUGUGAAUGUGUGUGAGUGUGUCAGGGCUGUCAAUUUCAUUACAUAAAUGCAAUUUUAUAUCAUUUAUAGGAUUAGUAAUGAAAUAUUAACUAUAAUUGUCACUUUGUUAUGCCAAAAAAAUCAAGGAAAGCGUAUAUA